AUGUCGAAAAAUUUUAAAGAAGAAGAAAUUGAUAAUUUCCGUCAAUGUUUUCAAUUAUUCGCUCCACAAGGUUAUGUCGAUACGCCCGAUAAAUUAUGCUUUAUUAUGCGAUCAUUGAGUAUGGCACCGACAAUUGCUGAACUUAAACGUUACUUUACUAAAUAUAAAAAAGAUGCUGGUGUUGUUGAAUUUGAUGAUUUUCUUAAAAUUGUUUUGGAACAUCGAUCAACUGAAGAUGCACCAAAUGAAAUUUUAGCAGCAUUCCAACAUUAUGAUACACAACGACUUGGUUAUAUUGAUGCUAAACAAUUAAGAUAUAUUUUAACUAAUACCGGCGAAAAAUUGACCGAUAGAGAUGUCGAUCUUAUAUUACGUGAAUUAAAUGUUGAAUCUGAUGGUCGUGUUUUUUAUGAUAAUCUUGUUCAUAUGCUAACACAACCAUUACCUGGACGUCGUUAA